ACACUUUCGGUCUCGCCAGCUCUCUCCUGUCGCUCUUUUCCUGCCAUCUCGUCCUCAGGGCUUCGCUGACAGGCAAGAUGGCUGUCGCAAGGCCCAUUCGCAUGCUCGGUGCCUCGUGCAUCAUCCUCGUCCUCUUCCUGAUCUUUCAGAUGAACAAAACGCCCACUAGCAUUAGUAAGGGGUCAUACGCUGCACAGCCGUAUGAGGGCAUCACUUCAGACCCCCUCAAAGAUCCCACUGGAGAACCUGCGGGUAAAUUAUGGCGUACGACGGAUGGCGACUAUUCUCCCGACAGUACCGACUCUCCUCGUGCCAAUGCGGCGCUUAUCUCUCUUGUCCGUAACGAGGAACUGAACGAACUGAUCCCGUCCAUGCGUGAUCUUGAGCGCACCUGGAACAGCAAAUUCAACUACCCCUGGAUCUUCUUCAACGACCAGCCGUUCACUGAGGAGUUCAAGAAGCGCACUCAGGCGGAGACUAAGGCGAAAUGCUACUACGAGCAAGUCCCCAAGGAGCACUGGGAUGUCCCCGAAUGGAUCAACUGGGAUCUCUUCAAGGAGUCCGCGCAGAUCCUGAAGGAGAAGAACAUCCAGUACAGCGACAAGGUUUCCUACCAUCAGAUGUGCCGCUGGAACAGUGGCCUCUUCUACAAGCAUCCUGCUCUCGCCAAAUACCGUUACUACUGGCGUGUCGAGCCGAAGGUCAAAUUCUUCUGUGAUGUCGACUACGAUAUUUUCCGCUACAUGGCCGACUACAACAUCACUUACGGUUUCACCAUCAACCUCUUCGACGCUCCAGAGAGUAUCCCAUCACUUUGGCCCGAGACCAAGAAGUUCCUUGCCGCAAACCCCUCCUAUCUUUCGGACAAUAACAUGAUGAACUGGAUCACCGAUGACCAGCUCCGCCCCGAGCACACCGAGGGAGCAAAUGGUUAUUCUACCUGUCAUUUCUGGUCCAACUUCGAAAUCGGAGACAUGGAGUUUUUCCGGGGCGAGCAGUACUCUGCUUACUUUGAUUAUCUGGACCGUUCUGGUGGCUUCUUCUACGAGAGAUGGGGCGAUGCUCCUGUGCAUUCGAUCGGUGUUGGUCUUUUCGCGGAUGCGGCCAAGGUCCACUGGUUCCGUGACAUCGGAUAUAACCACAUCCCCUACUACAACUGCCCCAACUCGCCGAAGUGCUCCGGCUGCACGCCCGGCAAGAUGUACGCCGGUGAAUCCUGGCUGGCUAAGGAGGAUUGCCGUCCUAGCUACUUCCACCACGUCGGAACGCACUAAACGUGCUGGCACAAAAAUUGCAUUUCUUUCGAAUCAGUUAUGCAUCAGCGGGGCGCGCAUAUCCGUCCUGCUGUUUUUGAAUCAUUUUGCAACAGGGCAACGAACCGGUAUCGUUCCUCCCCGCAUAUAAACAUUAUGAUCACGAGCUUGGAACCAGGGACGUCUACUCCCGGUACUAGAGAUCUUGUGUCAUCCGGCAUUACGAGUUGCAUAUGCGGCUCAAUGCAUGCGUCUGUCACGGCUUCCAGUUCCAUUCUCCAUUACAUACACCUUCGUCAUGACCCAAGUCAUUCAAAAUCCAUUCUUAUCAAAGAUCUCGGCGGCGUUUGAAGGAUUGGCUUCCUUUUUUCUAUAUCUUCACUGCCCUUCCUAUUCAUAGUCUUCGUUGUGUUAUGCUACCUUGAAAGGAUCGC